GCGGUAGUGUUUGCAUUGAAGAUUUGGAGGCAUUAUCUCUACGGGGAGACGUGUCACAUUUAUACUGAUCAUAAGAGCCUGAAGUAUGUAUUCACUCAGAAAGAGUUGAAUAUGAGGCAGAGGAGAUGGAUGGAGUUGAUCAAGGACUAUGACUUGAUCAUCGACUAUCAUCCCGGAAAGGCCAAUGUAGUGGCCGACGCACUGAGCAGAAAGAGUACGUCAGGGACGCUACUCACAUGUCUACAGGCAUUGAGGGCACACGUGGAGGUAUCCACGAGCGGGGCGCUCAUUGCUAGAUUCGAGGUGAGGCCUACAUUGCUGAGUGAGAUCAGUAGAUGUCAGGCCAUUGAUGAGGAAUGUCAGAAGAUCCGCGAACGGAUCCUUGAGGGGCCCGUCGAGAAUUUUCGGGGACGUGGUGACGGUCUUUUAUUAUUUAAGGAUCGUGUGUGUAUACCAAAGAAUGAGGAGCUCCAGAGGGCUAUACUUGAGGAGGCUCAUUCUUCAGCAUAUGCCAUGCAUCCAGGGGGUACUAAGAUGUACCGAGAUCUGAAGGAAAGUUACUGGUGGUCAGGCAUGAAGAAGGAUAUCGCAGGGUUUGUGAGUCGAUGCCUUACUUGCCAGCAAGUUAAGGCAGAGCAUCAACACCCAGCAGGGCUCUUACAACCGCUCACCAUCCCAGAGUGGAAGUGGGAACAUGUGACCAUGGACUUCGUGGUGGGGCUGCCACGAACAGUGAACAACUACGAUGCCGUAUGGGUAGUGGUUGAUAGGCUCACCAAGAGUGCACACUUUCUGCCUAUCAACAUUACUUAUCCUCUUGAAAGAUUGGCCAAGCUAUACACGGAGGAGAUUGUGAGAUUACAUGGAGUCCCAAUAUCCAUUGUCUCGGAUAGGGAUCCACGAUUCACAUCCCGAUUUUGGCCAAAGUUUCAAGCAUCUUUGGGGACUAAACUGAAGUUCAGCACAGCUUUUCACCCACAGACCGAUGGACAGUCCGAGCGGGUGAUGUGAGCUGGUUGAGAUCACCAAGGCCAAGGUGAGGAUCAUUCGGGAUAGACUGAAGGCUGCUCAGGACCGACAGAAGAGUUAUGCUGAUAAACGGCGGAGACCGUUGGAGUUCGAAGUCGGUGAUGAGGUCUUCCUAAGGAUUUCUCCUUGGAAGGGCAUCAUCCGAUUCGUAUCGAGGGGGAAGCUUAACCCCCGAUACAUAGGUCCGUUUGAGAUCCUUGAAAGGAUCGGGGCCGCGGCUUACCGACUCAAGUUGAGGCCUGAACUUGAGAAGAUACAUGACGUGUUUCAUGUAUCAAUGCUCAAGAAGUACAUACGAGACCCAUCUCAUAUUCUUGAGAGACCACCGGUAGAGAUCCGUGAGGACUUGCAAUAUGCGGUGGAACCAGUGAAGAUUGUUGGUCAACAGGUGAAGAAGCUUAGGAAUAAGGAGAUUCCUAUGGUAAAGGUCCUUUGGAGGAGUGAUCGAGUCGAAGAAGAAACUUGGGAGACCGAGGUCUCCAUGAGGGAGCAAUACCCAUUUCUUUUCGAUUAGAUACUUGGAUUUCGGGGACGAAAUCCCAAAUAAGGGGGGGUGAACUUGUAACACCGUCCCCAAAUAUAUUUACUUUUAUGUAAAUAAUGUAUCGAACCUUAUUAAAGGAUUAAUGAAUUUACGAAGUUGUAAAUUUUUAUUAUUUCUUUCGCGUGAUUAGUAAAUUGCACGUGGGACCCACACCGGGAGCGGGGGCCGCCCGACACUCCCGAGACAACAUAUUUAUUCAUCUUGGUCAAGAUAAUAUUUAUAUAGUGGUGGAUAUUUUAUUUGGGUCGUGGAAAGGCGCAGAGUUGACCGAUUGGGAAAAAGAGGCCCAAUUACCGUACCGACAAUUCAACGAAUAGCAGCCCAGAAAUGAAUUCCGGAGACUUCCGAAUUAACGUUUUGGAAUAUAUAUUAUUUCAAAGGGGCGUUAUGAUUGGGAACACAUAAUAUACUUUAUUUUACCGAUAAAAUAAAUUGUGAUUAAAACAGUCCGAAAAAUACAACUUUCGGGACCGAUUGUACACAUCGGGACACAAAGGGAUGACCUCCCACAUGAGUGGGGGCCACCCCACGUUUUUGUGUGCUCAACAAGACCUAUUGGGGCUGGAAUGACCAAAGGAUAUGUGGAGGAGGAUCAUUUGGCAUCUAUAGUACCAAGGAGGACCCCUCACCCUCUCUUAUUUGCCAUUUGAGACAAAAGUGGGUGUCCUCUCUCCCACCUAUCAUCAACUUCGACCAACCCCAUCAAGAAAGGAGAAGGAAGCUCUCAAACCAUCCUCCAUAGCUGCAAAAUUCGAGCUCAAGCAUAAGUGCUCAAAGAAGGAAGAUUAAAGAGGGAAAAAGUUGGGAAAAGUGUGAAUAAUCAAGGAACUUGUGAAAGGUAUUUCAAGUGAUUUCACAAAGUUGGAAGAGUCGCCGGAGUUGUCGCCGGAGUUGACCAAAAGUCGCCGGAGUUUCACCGGAGUUCAACCAAGAAGGGUAGAACUUCAUAACGCUAGUUCAAGGUUGAAGCUAGGGCUUGCUACCUGCACCUUUCUACGGGUGACAUCAAUCAAGGAAGACGUGGUUCGUGCUUCCUCAUUUUAUUUCAAAUUACCAAACAUUGCUCAUGGAUAUUUUUAUUUGUCAUAAACUAUUCUUUUGGGGCUUGCAUGCCCAUGUUAUUGGCCGGUUGUGGCUUAUGACUUACCGUUGAAUAUUUCCGCUAUUCAUUGGUUUAAAUGUGAUGUUGUUAUGUAUGUUU